AUGCGCGCCCGACGGAAACAGCCCGGCCGGCCGCCGGCCCAGGCCGCCAGCAGGCAACCGCCCUUCCCCGCCGCCGCCCUCCGCCUCUUCCUCCUCCUCCUCCUCGCCGCGACCUCGGCACCGACCGCCCGCGCCGCCUUCAAGAAUGACUUCUCGGGCUACCCGACGGGCGCGCAGGCCUGCCUCUCGCGGGCCGCCGACGCGAGCGGCUGCGACGGCGACACGGUGCAGGCCAUGAACGAGUGCCUCUGCGGCAACCAGGGCGGCUUCGUGCUCGGGUCGGCGGCCUGCGUCGCGCGGAGCAGCGCGCCGGACCUCGAGGCCACGUACGAGACGCUCGCGACGCACUGCUCCGACAGCAAGACGCCGCUGGGGGUGUCGCAGGCGCAGUUCUUCGCCGCCGCGUCGUCGGGGACUGCGUCUUCGGCGACGAGGACGGGCGGGGCAAGCACCUCGAGCAGGGCGUCGAGCAAGGCGACGAGCGUCACGUCCGCCUCGGCGAAUCCCACGGGGCCUAGCAGCAGCAGCAGCAGCAGCAUGACGACCAAGACGACCAUGUCGGACGGGCACACCGUCACCGAGACGGUCGCCGUGCCGGUCGAGACGGGCGCCAGCCAAGGAGGGAGCGGGCCCAACAGCACGGCCAAGACGGGCAUCAUCGCGGGCGCGUGCGUGGCGGGCGUGGCGAUCCUGGCGGCGCUGCUGGGCUUCUGGCUGUGGUACCGCCGGCGCAAGGCCGGCGGGGCCAGGGACGAGUCGCACCCGAUGCUGGCGCCGCAGCAGGGCUUCCGGAACAGCGGCAAGUUCGGCGGCGGCGGCCCGGUGGCAGGGGCGGGCGAGGAGCUGCAGGACUGGAAGGGCGACGGCAAGUGGGCGGCGGCUGGCGGGCAACAAGGGGCUGCUGCAGGCACCUGGGACUCGUCGAGCGCGGGGACGUACAACUCGGCGUGGGGCGCGCAGCAGUACCAGGGCUGGGGGUACGAUCCGACGGCGACGCCGUACUCGCAGUACGGCGGUGGCGGGCAGUUGUCACAACAGCAGCAGGAGGGCGUGUACGAGCUGGCUGGCCACGAGCCGGUGCGGCCGGUGGAGGUGCCUGCGACGCCGGCAUGGCAUGGGUACGGCGGACAGACAGACGUCGGUGCCGGGCAGCAGAGGCAGAGCUGGGGACAACAGCAUCCGCAGCAUUGA